CGGAUACAAUCAGCUGGACGGCGGGCUCUCGCUCUGGGCGUGGCACGCGAUGACCGGCGACUACGUUUUCCAGUUGAUGCGGAAGGGGACCAAGUGGGAGCGCCGAGACAUGUACUUUGUCGGCGACGACGACGGACCCAAGGGCCGGAGGCGCAUCGGCUUUGCCAACGAGGGCGACGCCGACGUCUUGGAGGAGGACCGAUUCUUCCGCGUCCUGCUCAAAUACUCGUACAAACACUCGCUCAUGGGCGCCGCGAACGUCACCGGCGAGCGAGAGGGCCAAGGCGACAACGGGAUCGUCUCCGGCCACGCGUAUUCCAUCCUGCAGGUUCGCAGGGCGGGCACCACGCUCGGCAUGGGCGGCGUCAAGCUGCUCCAACUUCGUAACCCGUGGGGCACGUUCGAGUGGAAAGGCGCGUGGUCCGACGGCAGCGACGAGUGGAAGAAGCACCCGGGCAUCGCCUCGGAGGUUGGCUACAAGGAGACGGACGACGGGACCUUCUGGAUGGAGUAUAAGGACUUUGCGAGGACGUUCAACAUGGUGGACAUCUGCGACCGAACCACCAAGGACGACUUGCGGCUCGACGUGAACGAGGACGAUGGAUGCCUCGGCCCGAUGAAGGGGUGCGUCGGCGGGUGCGGACAGUUCUGGUGCUGCUGCAUGGGUGCGCGCGUCAUCUACUGGGGUAACCAGACCUCGAGCGAGACGGAGAAGGGCGCGGGAUGCUGCGUCACCGGCUGAAAUAGUGGCAGCGUGUAUUUGUACAGGU